CCUGGAUCCCAGAUGAAGAUCUCGAUCGUAGAGCAGGAUCUAAAGGAGAUCAUUUUCACCCUGAUGAUCCCAUUAGUAGUGACCGAUAGAUAUCAAUUGAUACGUGCAGAGGAUCCCAGAUUAUACCGAGCUUUCAAGUGAUGGUGAUCCACGGCAAACAUUUACAUUGCGCGACUGCGGUCGUGAAACUGUGUCCGAUGAGAGAAAAUGAUAAUGAAUACAGGUCUCCAUAGAAAUUAAGUGGGCCUUCAUCUAUUUCUUCUUCCAGAAAUAUCGAUCUCCUGUCGUGAUCGACAACUCUAAGGAAUGGUUUUCUUCUUGCCCUCCGACAACCGCCCAGGUGAGAGCAUGCUAAGUCUAGAUUAGUACACCCUGAAAGAUUAUCAACAACGACUUGUUUACAACUUUAUUUCGAGUUUGCAGUCUUCAAACAUAAAGAUAAACAUUUGAGCGAAGAAAAAAAAUUCUUUACACUUUUAUUACAGUACUACCAGCAACAUAUAGGGCGGGACCACAUAUUGAGUUGUUUGCGUUACCGAAAAGAGCUGUCAAUUUUCUGAAACGCGGCAACCAAGUACUUCUACUUACUUUCCGAUUGAGAUAUAUCCAACUGCAACUGAUUUGUGUCUAUACAAGCUCUAGUUUUGAAACACAUAAAGAAAAGAACGACGAUGCUCAUGUUUCCGUCCCGUCAAAGCAGACACAACCGCUGUUCUAGCGGCCACGGUUUCGUCUGCGGCACCGUCUUGGCGUUGGUAGCGAUUAGCCAGCACUGGCUCUUCGCAAACUUGAAAAGUGGCGUAAUUGUUACACCCACAUCCGCGCUCACGUUGACGAAAAAAACCAACAAAGACAUCAACCCGCAUUUGGUGGAAACCAUCGCGGGGCUGUCAGUCUGGGAGAGCUGGUCAUUAAUUCGUGAUGCGUCUGCGGAAAAAAACGAUGGACGAUCUGGAUUCUCUUCCGCGGACCGCCAGCCACGAGAAUAG